AAGCGGUUUUAGGUUAUUCGCAUAUAUACACUUCAAAAACAAAACUAAAGUAAAUAUUAUUAAUAAAAUGUACCUGUGAUUUAGUGUUGAUAAAAUUAGUAUUUUUAUUAAAAAUGGAUCCUACAAAAUUAGUAGUAGAAACAAUUCGGCAAGAAAUAACUGAAAACAAUUUACAACUCAAAGCCCUAAUCCAAGAUAUUGAUGAAUGUGUGGGGCCUCUAGUAGAACUACAAGCCUUAAACAGUGCAGGACGUUCAAAAAUAAGUACUCUACGAAAAUUAAUAAGUAAAUUUAGUGAUUUAGCAACUGAAACUAAAAGUUCAGUUUUACUUAAAGAUGUUGCUUUAUAUAGAGAACAGUUCGCAAAUAGUAUGGACGCUUUUAAAAAAGCAAAUUUAAAAUCUAUGGCAGCAAUAGAACAAGGUACAAAAGAAGAGCUAAUCAAGCAUACAGCUGAAGAUGCAGAUGUAAGGCAACGCCAAAAACGCAACAAAGAAAAUAUGGCUACAAUUAGCUCCAAUGUUACUGAUCAACUGUUAUCUAUUAGUAGACAAUUAGCUGAUACAACCCAAAGGAGUGCAAACACAUUAGAAUCUUUGGUGUAUUCUUCAGAUAAUGUUAUAGGGACUCAAGAGGAGCUUAAAGUGACUUCUAGUAUAAUAGGACAAUCUGGAAAACUUUUAGCAAAAUAUGGACGAAGGGAGUUUACAGACAAGAUAUUAAUGUGUUUUGCUUUUGCAUUUUUUAUAUGUUGUGUUGUUUAUAUUGUCCAAAAAAGGCUAUUUUAAAAUAUUGCACCCCUGUAUAAUAGUCUAUACUAAUCAGUUGUACAGAGCACAAAAUAUCCUGCAAAUUUUUAAAUAUCUGUUAAAAUUGUUCUGAAGCUAUUUUCUUGUAGCAUUUUAAAUUAAUUACUAUUUAACUGGGAAUAAUC